AUGGAAAAGGGAGGCACGGCUGUCCCACUGAGCGAGUAUGUGCAAGUUCCGGGAAAGUACGUGGCCCCUAUUCCAAGGAAUUCUAUUACAAUAAUCCGUGACGUCAGUCUCCAACUUUGCGCGGCAAAGUGCACCUUGGCGUUUCGGAUGAAAACAUUUCCUUGUUAUGCAUUUGAAUACACGCCCGGAAGUAGAAUGUGCGUGCACACAAAUGUUACGUCACUUGUCAUCAAUGGCGGAUUUCUUGGGUUGAAAGACAACAAAGCAGUCGAUUAUUACGAGAGAACCAAAACGUCAUACACGAACUUAUUCCAAAGUCACGAUCACGCUGCGCUUAAGCAGCAGAACACUUACUUUAAAAUCAGUCUCAACAAAACGCUUGAAGAAUGUGCAUACGAGUGCCUGAGUACUGCGGUUCAUACCUGUAUGUCAUUUUCCCACAGUCCCAGCACAGGCGCGUGCGGCCUCAGUAACGUGUUCUAUGGCGAGGGUCACGAGGCGAUUAGACUUAUCCAGAGUCGUAUUUACAACCACUAUCAAUAUUAUACAAGUUGGCCGUGCAAUGUGACUAUUCCGGAAAAUUACGGACCUCGCGCUAUCGCUUCUCUCCAUUUUCCGUACCAGUCCAUCCGGCAUGCCCAGUGUCACAUAAAAAUAAGAGCACCAUCCGGAAAACAGGUCCAGAUUUUGUUUCCUACUGUUUUCUUUGGACAAGAAGUUUGCAAUAAACAAAACGGUGUCGGUUUGACAAUACAUGACGGAAAUUCAGCAAGUGGGUCAAUACUCGGACAUUACUGUCAAUCAACAACUAAUAGAUCACAUCCACCCUACGUGACUUCUACUUCCGGGUCAAUCUACGUCACAUACAAAGCUAAUGAAGUUCCACUAGCCUUUGAGUCAAUAUACCAAUUUGUGACGGUUGAUCCCUGUGAAAGCAGUCAAUGUAAAAACAGCGCCACCUGUAUAGCCAAGAACACGAGUUACGUGUGUGAGUGUCCUACUGGAUUUAUUGGUCAGUUCUGUGAGGUCAAUGUUGACGAUUGUGCCUCCUCGCCGUGUCUGUUCCAAGGACAAUGCAUUGACCAGAUCAACAGUUACACAUGCAACUGUACACACGAAUUCACCGGGGAACGAUGCGAAAAAUUUAUCGGCGAAUGCGCAGAUAAUCCAUGUCAUCAAGGUAUAUGUGUCGUCACUAGUCGAUAUAACUACACGUGUAAUUGCUUGAAUGGUUAUGUAGGACGACAUUGCGACAUGAAAUUCACACCCUGUAUGUCCAGUCCUUGUCAGCACGGCACGUGCGGGGAGACGCCUGACAACUACAUAUGUAAAUGUUCAGCUGGAUACACCGGUAGGAAUUGUGAUCGACCAUCCGUUGACCUUUGCACUCCCUCUCCUUGUAAACAUGGCCGAUGCAUCUCGACAGCAAACUCUGAUGUAACCUGUACAUGCGACAGUGGUUUCACCGGAAAUCUUUGUGAGACUAGAAUUGAUGUCUGUGCUUCAGUCAACUGUAACAACGGAAGUUGCGUCAGAAACGAAAUCGGUUACUCAUGUCAGUGUCACGCCGGGUUCAAAGGUCAAUUUUGUGACACAACUAUGGCGGUUUGUGAACACCACAAAGAGGACUGUUAUCCUGGUACAUGUUAUCCGUAUGCCAAUGUUCCGGAAGCCUAUAUUUGCUGGUGCCCAGAUAACAAAUACCAUCGACAAUGCAACAAUACCUUUGACGCGUGUUUACCAUCACCAUGUCACUAUGGCACGUGCAACCGGAGUGACAAUGGAUACACAUGUAUUUGUGCUGAUGGCUAUAUUGGUUCUCUUUCUGAUCGUCCCAGGACUGGCAGACUAAGAGUGGCAACUCAGACCCAAGAUCGCUUCAUCCAGGUAACUCACCUUCGUAACCGGACCCAGUCAACAACCAAAACAGCCAUCAUAGGUAGAAGAAGCACAGUGUUCCUCGGGACCGUCCAGCGUCGCCCACGUGAACAUGACAUUAACUUCCAACGUCCUUACGUAGGGCCUAUUCUCACUCAGUCCCAUCGACAGCAACGUCUUCAAUGGGCAAGGCAUCAUCAACGAAGGCGUCUUGUUGACUGGCGAGAGUUUUCUUUCCAGACGAGUCUCGAUUCCUUUUUUUCCCAUGCUGAUGGCCGAUUGCACGUGCGGCGUCGACGUAACGAAUGGAGAGCCUCCAGGUACCACCAGCGGAUACCUCUUCACGUCUACCAUCAACGUGUAACAGAAGUGAUGUACAUUAUCAGGCCUUACGUCAUUCCCUUGUUUGCUGCACAGCCACAACUACAGUUUUACCAGCAGGACAACGCCAGUUCUCAUUGUAACAUUUCAACGUGCGCUGUAGCCGAUUGCGGACUUGGUCUCUGUGAAGAUAACGCUUCUGGCUAUAAUUGUAUAUGUCCAGUUGGUUAUGGCGGCAAAAACUGUGGCAGUACUACGACAACCUCUCUUACAAAUAUAACUCAAUCAACCAUGACCGCUUGUUUGACGUCACCUUGUCACAACAAUGCCACCUGUAUUGAACGAAAUCUCGGAUUCACGUGCUCUUGUUCUGAGGGAUGGACCGGAAGUGUUUGUGACACAAUUAUCGACGCAUGCUCAAGUAGUCCUUGCAUCAACAGUUUGUGUAUAGCGAAGGGAUCAAAGUACAGGUAA